AACAAAAAUAAAAUACACGAAACACUAUUGCUUCUUAAUACAAUCAUCUAUGAAAAGGGAACUCGAUGCUCUUUUAGAUCUUCAAAAUCAUCUAUGAUUGAAUCCGAACUAAAUGUCAAAGCUAUAUCCUUUUCAAAUUAUAAAUUUAGUAUUUUUCACCUCUUUUCAAUUUAUAAAUUUAUCUAAUUUAGCAUUAUGACUUAACAAUAAGCGCAAGUGAAUCACUGUUAUUUUCUUAAAUUUAUGUGAUAAUUUACUAUAUUAUAUAAUUUAUUUUUUUCUUUUGUCUUUGGUCUUUGUAUUUCUGCUUUUAUUUAUCUCUUUGUCUUUGUCCUGUCUCCUUAUUUCUGACUCUCACCCAGACCCACUACCAACACUAUGAAUUUAUUAUGUACUACUAGCAAAAAAAUUUCCUAACUUUACCAUUUUUUUUCUUUCACUUCACUUGUCCCUAUUAUUGCCCAACUACCGGUCAAUAAAUAAUCAAAUAUAUUCUAUCUCUCUCUCUCUCUCUCUCUCUCAUCUAUAUAAUAUAAGAGAGAGUCACAAACACAGAUUGACAGAGAGUCACAAAGUCAAAAAGCCAAAAAAAAAAAAAAAAAAACACCACAGGCACAGAUUCAAUUCACAAUCAGUUCAUCACUAUCAGUAAAAACACAAAUACCACAAGUCCACAAGCACAGAUUGUUAGAUUCAGAGAUUCACAAACAAUCAAAAAUUAUAUUAGGUUUUGAAGGAUAGAUUAAAUACUUGUGAACUAUGAAGGCUAGAGCAACGAAGCUGGGCUGGGUAUAUCAAGCAACCGACAGGAAGAUGGGUCUCACAUCGACGUGGCGGCGUUGGUGAGUGGCCGUUUGGGUCUACGAUAGGCGACAGUUGAAAGGGACUGGGACAGGUUUGCGAGAUGGGUCUCGCGUGGUGGCAGUGUCACAGCAUGGGCAGCGGCAAGAUGGGUCUCUCUCACCUCUCACUCUCUCAGUUCCUCUCUGUACUACUCUCUACUCUCUUAGUCUGUCUCACCUCUCACUCUUUGUCUCACCUCUGCCUUUCUCUUCUUCUUUUUCAAUUCGUUUUUCCGUUUGUUUUGGACUACUGGGUUAGUGGGUUUACUCUUUUCUUUUUUUAACAUUUACAUGGGCUGGCAGACUCAGUGGGAUGGUUUAGGAUUUUUGGAGGGGGGCUGGGCUAAAAAGAAAGGGGCAGGCCCAAGUCUUCUUCUUGUUUUUUUUUUUUUUGGGAAAAUUUACUUACUAAUUUUUUUGUUUUUGGGCCCAGGGGGGACCCGGGCCCCGUUAGGCCCCCACCUGGGUUAUGUUUUUGGUUAGAAUCUUUUAUGUUGUAAUUCAACAUUUCAUCACUGAUUGGGGCAAAGCUUCUAGCCAAUUCAACUCCAAAAUAGGUAGUAUUCAUGGGUAGCUCUUUGUUUCGCAAAUUGCUUCUUGAUGACUCCGAUGAGGAUGAAAUAAUCAAAGAAGUUGUCAUGGAUUCAACAUUACGACGUAAACGUCGUUCCUAUAUUAGAUGUAAUCAUUUGGCAGGCCAGAAAGGCUUUACCUUGACUACUUUGCCGACUUAUCAGUUUAUCCAAAGAAAGUAUUUCGGAGGAGAUUUUGGAUAAGUCGUUCUCUUUUUCUCAAUAUUAUUUCUAAUGUAGAAGCUCAUGAUCCAUACUUUGUCCAAAAAAGAAAUGGUGGCAAAAAGCUUGGGUUAUCUUUCCUUCAAAAGAUCACUGUUGCACUCAGGAUACUUGCAUAUGGAUUAACGGGUGAUUUUAUGGAUGAGUAUGUGCAGAUUGGAGAAAUCACUACCCUACAGAGUUUGGAAAAAUUUGUUACUGCGAUGUUUGAUAUUUUCUCUGAGGAAUAUUUGAGGAAGCCAAAUAAUGAAGACAAAAGGCCCAUGACAAAAGGCGUGGAUUUCCAGAUUGUGAAAUGGAAGUUGAUGAGUGAAACUGCACAAGUAUUGAUUCAAAAACAAAAGGCUGAGAGUUGUGACACAGCAACUUAUCAGGGGAGAAUCUGGUCAAGAUCUGAAGGAAGGCUGCAAAGAGAACCAAAGCUUGACGCUCAAGCUAGUAGCUCCAAUUCCAAGCACGUCACUCCCAUCACAAUACUGAAGCCUUCAAGCAUAGAAGAGACUCCACUACUGCAACAUCACAAUCCCAUCUUUGACCUCUAAGACAGUUCAAGCCACAAAAAGUUUGAAGCUCCUAGCAACAUGGCAGAAGAGGGAGCACACCCAAACACAGAAGAACCCAUGAAUACCCAAGAGCUACUCAACACUAUGAUGGCUAGUCAGAUUUAGCUGAGGGAAAACAUGAAUCGUAUGAUGCAAUAAUUUUAGAAUUCAAAGGGUAAUCAAGAGGAAGACAAGACUAAUCAUAAUCCACCAGCUGUAGAAAGUGAGAAAAAGAUCAAUGAAAGGAUGAAUAAAUGGAGGAGACGAUUAGAAGAGCCCGUAAGAUGGAGGAACUUAUGGACUACAAUUCUCUCUCCCUAUUCCCCAAUGCAAGGUUGCCACCCAAGUUCAAGAUGCCAACCCUAGAAAAAUUUGAUUGGACUAGUUGCCCAAAGUCCCAUCUGAAGAUGUAUAUAAGGGCUAUGCAGCCCUUAGGUGCGACCGAGGAAGUACUUGCUCAGAUGUUCCAAAACACACUGACUGGAGCCGCUCUUAGAUGGUUCCUCAACUUGGAUGAUGCAAGAGUAAGAAGUUGGGAGGACAUCUGUCGAGAGUUUCACAAACACUACAAGUACAAUAUGGAAGUGGAUAUCAUAAGGAGAGACCUGGAGACUACCAAGCAAGAGCCGAAAGAAUCCUUCUUUACUUUCAUUACCAAGUGGAGAGCCAAGGUCGUAUAGAUGAUGAGUAGGCCAAGUGAGGAAGAGCAGUUAGCCAUGGUUGUAAAGAAUUUAUUGCCUGUAUACCAUAAAUACUUGUUUGCACAAUAUUUUCCCAAUUUUAAAGCUUUAAUUGCUA